AUGACUCCAACACCCUUCAAAAUCUCCAUCCCAGACUCCCAACUCCAAGCCCUCCACCAAAAACUCUCACACGUCCACUUCCCCAACGAACUCGACAAUGCCUCCUGGGAUAUGGGCGUACCGCUGUCCGAGAUCCAGCGCCUGGUGACAGUGUGGCGUGAGCAAUUCGACUGGCGGGCCCAGGAGCAGAAACUCAAUGCGCAGCUGAAUCAGUUUCGAGUGCCUGUUCCUGUCGCCGGAUUCGGGGAGCUGGAUGUUCAUGUUGUGCAUCAUCGGAGUGGGAAUCCGUAUGCGGUCCCGUUGCUGUUUAUUCAUGGGUGGCCCGGUAGUUUCCUCGAAGCUACGAAGCUGCUCCCGCUGCUCACGAAAGACGACGGCAGUGGGCCAGUUUUUGAUGUCGUGGUGCCUUCGCUGCCUAAUUUCGGAUUCUCGCAAGGUGUUCAGCAGAGAGGAUUCGGGCUGGCCCAAUACGCCGAAGCCAUGCACGGGGUGAUGACAGCUCUAGGCUACGAAGAAUACACAAUCCAAGGCGGCGACUGGGGCAGCAUGAUUGCGCGAGCCAUGGCGCAGCUCUACGCACCACACAUCCAAGCCAUCCACCUCAACUUCGUGCCAGUGGCACCGCCCUACCCCUGGCGAAGCCCACUGCUCUUCAUGCAGUUCCUGCUCUCAGUCCCAUUCUCCGCAAAGGACCGCGGGUUCCUCGCGCGGACAAUGCGAUACGCAACCAAGGGCAAUGGAUACAUGCGCCAGCAAGAAACCCGGCCGCAGACGCUGGGGUACGGGCUGCACGAUAGUCCCGUGGCGCUGCUGGCGUGGAUAUAUGAUAAGAUGCAUUCCUGGUCGGAUGCGUAUCCCUGGACGGACGAGGAGAUCUUGACUUGGGUGAGCGUGUAUUAUUUCUCGACGGCGGGACCGACGGCCUCGACGAGGAUUUAUUAUGAGGCUUCGGCGCCGAGACUUGAGGCAGGUGUUGAGUCUGGCUCUGACGGCAAGCAGAAGCAAGAUGAGCCCUCUGUCAGGAACUACAUCUCGUUGGCAGAUAUCAUGACCGCUUGUGCGCCCCGGCAGGUCCGGUUCGCAGUCACCCGGUUCAAGGAGGAGCUGAUCCUCCUGCCGUGGACGUGGUCCCGGCAGAUUGGGAAUGUAGUCCGGGAGACGGAGUAUGGGCGCGGCGGACAUUUUGCUGCGUGGGAAGUACCGCAGUUGCUGGCGGCGGAUCUGAAGGCGUUUCUGGGCAGGGAAGGGCAGGCCUACGGGGCUGUGACGGGGCGGGAUGGUUACGCGGGUGAGGAGUCUUGA